AUGUCGCGGCCGGCGGUGCGGGUGCUGCGGCUGGGCGCGGUGCCGUACGCGGAGGCGCUGCGGGUGCAGGAGCGCUGCGUGGCGGCGGCGCGGGCGGCGCGGGGCCCGGGGGCGCCGCCGGGGCCGCCGGCCGAGAGCGUGGUGCUGAGCGAGCCGGCGCGGCCCGUGUACGCCUGGGGGCUGCGGGGAGCGCCGGGCGCGGCGGCGGCCGCGGCGCUGCGGGCGCGGGGCGCGGCGCUGGUGGCGGCGCGGCGCGGCGGGCACAUCACCUUCCACGGCCCCGGGCAGCUCCUCGCCUUCCCCGUGCUCGACCUGCGCCGCCGCCGCCUCCCGCUCCGCGCCUACGUGGCCGGGCUGGAGGCGCUGGUGCUGCGGCUCUGCCGCCGCCUCGGGCUGGGCGCGGCCCGCGCCCUCCCGCCGCCCUUCACCGGGGUCUGGAUGGGCGACAGCAAACUCUGUGCCAUCGGUGUGCACUGCGGAAACCACAUCACCUCGCACGGGCUGGCGCUGAACUGCUGCACCGACCUCACCUGGUUCGACCACAUUGUUCCCUGUGGGCUGGAGGGAAAGGGGGUCACUUCGCUGAGCCACGAGCUGGGCCAGCACGUCGCCGUCAACCAUGUCCUCGAGCCCUUCCUCGACUCCUUCCAAGAGGUGUUUGACUGCACUUUGGUCUCUUCAAAAGAGCCCGGGGAUUAGGAUUGUUGUGGUGCCUUAGCUGGCUGUUUUGGCAAGGCCGCGGCGCGGCCCCGGGUCUCUGUCGUGAGACGAGUUCUCGCGCCUUUGCCUGUGGACUGUGAGUGGACAGUGGCUCAGGGUUUCAGAAUGCUGCUUGAACAUCCAAACGUCCACUGGGGCCGUUCUCUCCAGCCCUGUGAGUCUCCGUCCCUCGGCUGAGUCCUCCGUGGGUACCACAUCCCCACGUCACUUGCUGGGGAAGUACCCAAACAGGUGCUUUUGUGGGGUUUUUCUGCUUUUUGCCCCAAAAAAAUUAAAGACUUGUGUGAAUGCUCAUGAAUUCACAUGAAUUCAUGUAUUCAUGUGAAUUCAUGUGAAUCGAGCAUCCUUCCCUUGCUGAUGGGUAAAAAGAGGCAGAUUUUAUAUACAAAGAGAGUUGCUGGGAA